CGCCCUAGAUAACGGUAGAAUUGUGCACCGCCGCGCUGUCUUAAACGUGAAGAAUCAAAGGUCGUAUCGGUCGUGGAAAAUCGGUGACCUGGACAUUAUUAAGGUUGGUCGCAAGAGGGCGUGUGUCCUUUUUCACUAGGAGGAAGUUUUCCGUGAGCCCGGCGAGCGGCGCGAAGGGGCAGUGCACGAAUCGAGUGACAUACACGCGCCCGUGGAUCGUACAAGGCUCGCCCUGUGAAGUGUAUUAUUUUCUCUUCCCUACAUGAACUCAUGGCGGUGUAGUGCCGGGCCGAGUAAAACGGCAGAAAGCAGUUAAUCGGUGCCUGGAGUAUCAGCUAACCCGGAGGACCGAUCGCCGAAUAGGAAGCAGCGAGGAGACCUCAAGCGUAGAGCCAAAGAGAUAGGUGGAAGACAGUGGAAGGUCUAUCUCGCUGACUGCGAAGAAGGACAAAACGUGGCGGAUUCGGUGACCGCUCAGCUGUGACUACGAGCACAGAUAGGGCAAGGAGAUGCGCGAAUAUAAGAUAGUAGUGCUGGGCAGCGGAGGUGUCGGCAAGUCUGCCCUUACUGUACAGUUCGUGCAAGGAAUAUUCGUGGAAAAAUAUGACCCGACCAUCGAGGACAGUUACCGCAAGCAGGUUGAGGUCGAUGGUCAACAAUGUAUGCUAGAAAUAUUGGACACAGCUGGCACGGAACAAUUCACAGCUAUGAGGGACCUUUAUAUGAAAAAUGGGCAAGGGUUCGUGCUGGUCUAUUCGAUAACGGCGCAGUCGACGUUCAAUGACCUGCAGGACCUGAGGGAGCAAAUACUGCGGGUAAAGGAUACGGAUGACGUACCGAUGGUGCUGGUGGGCAACAAAUGUGACUUGGAGGAUGAGAGGGUAGUGGGUAAAGACCAGGGCGUCAAUCUUGCCCGGCAAUUCAAUUGCGCCUUCAUGGAGACCUCUGCCAAAGCCAAAAUUAAUGUUAACGAUAUCUUCUACGACCUGGUGCGGCAAAUAAACAAAAAGUCGCCGGAGAAGAAGACGAAGCAGAAAAAGAAAUCGCUGUGUCUACUUCUGUAAACGUGGAACGGCAGUGGCCAGGUUUCCUACAACGUCGAAAUCUGAAGACAACCAGUGGUUGGGUGAAGGGAUAAUGCGACAUGAAAAUACUAGUGACUAAGAGAGGGCUGAUACGACGAAAAAAAAAAAAAAAAAAUAAUAGAGGGAAAGAAGAGAAAGAGGUUAAAAAAGGGUCACUGCGAAAAUUUAAUAAAACGCGGAACACAAGGGUCACGAGAGUGGAAUGGAAAAGUGGUCCUGAGAGGAGAUGAGUGGAAUAUUGUAUAUACGUUAGUCCCGGGGCGGCUCGUGUGCACGCGCAAAAAUGGCGCACAAAUGUAGUACGAGACCCCGAGACAUCGGUUAUCACUGUAGGAGUUUUGCAUAACAAAAUGAUUGGUUAAUAUUAUAUAUUUAGGAGAAAGAAAAAAAAUUGAAAUGUUUGGGUGUGCGCGUGCGCAGGCCACCAACCCCCCAUGCAUCGCUCGCCGCGCACCUCUCUUAUAUAAUAUAAUAAUUAUACAUAGACAGUACAUACAUUAUUAAUUAAUUAUUAAUUAUUAUUAUGAAAGCAUCAAAAUAUUCAUAAGUUAUCAACCGUUUGUUUCUCAAACAAUAUAUGUUUUUCUAUAUCUCUCCGUAUUAAAGCAAAUAAUAAAAAAUUCAAUAAAUGUU